AUGGCCAGCGACGAUGCUGCCAUCUCCACGAAUGAUGAUGCCUCACAGUGUAAAAGAUACGCUGUGGAGAAGGGUUACUGGACGGACCCUUACAUAUCUUUGCUUACGGGCCGACCGACAAACAUCCAUACCCCAGAAAUUAAUCGUGGUUAUUACGCCAGGGUUAAAGGAAUUCGUCUGCUUUUAGAGCAAUUUCUCAGGACGACAAAAUGUGAAUGUCAAAUCAUCAAUCUUGGCGCCGGCUUUGAUACAACAUUUUGGCUGCUGAAAGAUCAGGGCCUGGCACCAAAAUGUUUUGUUGACAUUGACUUUCCAACUGUCACUAGCAAGAAAUGCCAUUUCAUCAAAUCUCGAAAAUCCUUGUUGCAGAAAGUGAUCAACGAAGGCAUUGAUAUUAAAAUUGAUAAAUACGACCUGCAUGGCUCCAAUUAUCACCUGGUUGGUGCCAACCUGAGAAACCUUAAUGAGCUUGACAGUAAACUCAGCAUAUGUGGAGUGGACCGAAAUUUGCCAACUAUUUUUCUGGCCGAGUGUGUCCUUAUUUACAUGGAGGUGAAACAUUCGAGUGCUCUUCUUCAAUGGAUUACUGACAAUUUUAUGUCUGCCUUCUUCAUCAAUUAUGAGCAGGUGCAUAUGAAUGACAAGUUUGGACAAAUUAUGAUUGAUAACUUGAAAGCUCGUCAGUGUAGCUUACCAGGUGUGAUGGCCUGCAUUAGUGUGAAAUCUCAAACAGAAAGAUUUUUGAACACGGGCUGGCAGUAUGCUGAUAUUAUUGAAAUGAAUCACGUCUAUGAGUGCCUGCCACAAGCUGAUGUCCAAAGAAUUGAGAAUCUGGAAUUUUGGAUGAACGUGAACUGCUGGAUCAACUCUUGGCUCAUUACUGCAUUGGUUAUGCUUAUAAAGAUCCCAACAGCAUUGGCUUUCAUAAGAUCAAUUUUUCGUUUGGUUUGA